ACUUUAAUAAAUUCAUAUACAAUUGGAACCGUUAAUAGUUAAAUAUUAAAGUAGUUUAAUUUUGAUCAGUGGUUUAUUUAUUGCAUUAGCAGACAAAUACGUUUGCAAAUUAACAUAACCAAGUUAUGAAUGUAUUUUCAAUUAUAAAAGAUUUUAAUGAGCAGUUUCAUUUUCACAUUAUAGGGGGCGAAAAUUUCUCGAAGUAGCGAAAAUUUCUAAUUUUAUUAGGUUAUGGUAGGUUGUUUACGUCGCAUACGCAUAAUUUGAAACGCGAGAUGAGGUUUCAAAAUGUAAUUCUCUUAUCGUUUCGAUUAAUUAAGUAAUGUAUGUAUGUAAAUCUAUUACUAUACCUUCCAUUCACAGGAAAAGAAGUUUUGUAAACAAAAUUAUUUCAUUGACAGAGAAACUUAGCGAUGAGACAGUUUUUAGUAGGUUAAUACAUAAUAAAUAUUCAUGUAAUACAACACAAAAUUUUAAUACAAUGAAUGAUAUAUAUACUUUCAUGGGAAAAAAUUCAAAUAUGGAAAAUAAUAAUGUAUAUUAUAAGAUGCAAAAACAUGACAUUAAAAGACACAUAGGCACAUUUGAAAAAAAUAGUAAGGAUAAAGGAAGAAGAGAUGAUAAUCAAAAAGGUGAUAUAAAUAUGAUUGAUAGUAGUAGCAGCAUAAGGAAUAAAGUAAAACAAGUUCAAGAUAAUAUAAGAAAACACAAAAAAAGUGAAAAAGUGAGACUUGAUAAACAAAAAAAAAAGUAUAGUAAAAUAGAAUAUUAUACUUGUGAUUUAAAUUCAUCCACACCCAUUGCUCUGCAGCAAAGUGAACAGAAAAAUAAAGUGAUGCAGAAGACUGUUCAAAAUUUUAAACCUUAUAUUAGAAGAAAAGCAGAAGAGCUAAAAGAUAAACUUUUAGAAUAUCAGUUCCACAUAAUUAAGAUACAAUCAAACUAUACUACAGAAGAUAUAGUAACAUUGCAGGAUGCUAAUCAUACAGUAUUCAUUUUCAAUAGUAUUAUGAGCAAAUUAAAAGAGGAACUAUCUCAACUACAAGAAGAAUUAAAAGAUUCUUAUAUUGAGUGGAUUAGGAUCAUUAAUAGUUGUAAUCGUACUGUUUCAAAUGAACAGAAUAAAUUGGCUAUUAAUAGUAAUGAUCUGAAAAUAGUAGAAAGUGAAGCAAGUUCGGAAAAUAGCAGUUGCAAUGAAAUAUUUUCAACAAAUGCUUAUAAAAAACGAUCAUCAAACAUAAAUAAAAGUUCAGAGAAGAACAUUUGGGAGAGAAAUAAAAAUACUAUACUUCAGCAGAAUAUUAAACAUGGUAAGAAUAAUGAAAUAUCAUCAAACACGAUGGGUACUAACAUCAUAAAUACAAAGCAGACCUCAAACCAAACUGGUAACAACAAUGAUACUUUACAAAGUGGACAAAAUCCAUCAUCUACGUCCAAUAAAUUAAAAGAUACUAACGCAACUAAAGUACUUGGAACAUAUUUUACAGUGGGAAAAAAAAGUACAAAUUACACGUUAAAUAAAAAUUCAUCAAGUCAAAAUAUUACAGAUACAUUGAAGCAAUUAGGUGGUCAUGAACGAGUUUUAGCUCAAAAGGAGCCAAUAACAAAGAAAAGACGGUUAACAGAUUAUGACAGUGAUAUAAGUAAUAAGCAUGGCAUAGUGUCUUUGUAUAGUUCAAGACAUAUGCGUACACAAGACAUUAAACAGAUAAAUAAGGUGAUACAUGUAAGUGAAGACACAUAUUCUGAGGACUCUGGAAGUUUAAUUUUUGAACCUAUCCCAUUCAAUAAUUUAGAAGUUCUAACACCAAGAUCUGAUUCAAAUGAAAGAGAUACCUUCCGAUCUAACAAAAUAUCUAAUUUUAAUAUACAUUUAAAAGCUAAAAGUAACCAUGAUUCUCAAAUUGUAUCGAAAAAACCUGUAGCUCUUUUAAACACAAACAAUUCAAAAGGGAAGUAUUGGGUAGAAUCCAUUCAAGAUAAAAUGUUUAAUAUAAACGGAAGUUCAGUAAAUCAAAUUGAACCUAAUAUGGAUAAAAAGUUACAAAUGAUAUGCCGAGUGGUACUACAUAAAUACGUACAGUAAUUAAGUUAAUAUUGAUAAUUACGAUUUUUUGUGUUUUAUUUUUGUCUCCUAACUCCUUAA